GUGUUCGUUAAUCUUCGUGCACCCACAAGGCUCACGGCAUCACAGCAAACCUCAACAACGAAGCCACAAAAGAGACCACGUCGUCACAGUGAUAUCACAGGCGGAAGGAGAGGCCAAAGCGUAAGAAAGCAUCAGGUCAAGCAUACAUUUCAUCACAUCAGACCUUGGAAAGAAGCAGGACAAUGACAGCUGAAGCCAACGCAGUAGUCGAUGAGACAGCUGAAGACCAGAAUGAUGACGAGGAGACGAAGAAUCGUAAGCGACGCGAAAGGCUGGAGCAAAACCGGGUGUCUGCGAGGGAAUCUCGGAAGAGGAAGAAGACGAUGAUUGAAGAGCUGCAGCGCACUGUGAUCACGCUCUCAAGGGAAAACAAAGGAUUGAAUGAUCGCAAUGAGCAGUUGAGGCGACAGCUAAUGGAAAUUGGAAGCAAAUACCCAAGCAUUGUGCCUCUACAGGCCAUCAUGCAAGGUGCCGCUGCUUCUGAUCCUCAUGCAGGUACUGAUCCAAACGCUUCCAUUCAUGCGGCUGUAGCAGUUGCACCGGCCAUGCCAGUGGUGGCACCCCAGCCCGCACCAGUUCCUGUUCCUGGAGCUCCUGGGAUGGUGGCUUUCAACCCCAUGCAGUUUUGGGCACAGCAGGCACAGCCAGGUGUUCCUCCCGUGGCAGCUGCGGCGCCUGGACCUGGUCACACUCACAAUGUUUAGGUUAGCAAAUGCAUCAAAUUUCAAAGAGUGGAGACCGAUGGAGUCCAUAAUGCUGGAGGGUAUUCUAUUUUCAUUGGGGUUACCCUGACUGGAGUUGAGCUUGUGAACGAAGGCCGCCUCUGGUUGCUCUGCGCAUUGCGAGUACAUUAUUUAUUACACAACAACGAAUGAAAGUCUCUGGGGUAUGUCAGAUGCAGAUAAAUCGAUUCCAGAAUAAGAACGUAGUCCAUGACUAUGAGAUAUAGUUGCUCCACAUUCGCCAAGUU